AUGGCGGAAGCUUUCAUAGGGUUGAAUGUGCACGUUGAACUUACGAAUGGCUCGUCAUUAGAGGGAACUGUGUCGCAUAUCGAUUCUCACACGCAACUUUUGACUCUAAAAAAAGUAAAUAUUAACGAAAAUGGUCGUUUUCAACAGCUGUCAAUAUACGGUGUAGCAGGCACAGAUAUAAAAGAUCUUACAAUUAUUGCAUCGACUUCAACAGUCAAUAUUCAACAACAACGUCAUGUACAAUCUAGUGUAAAUACGUUCGAAAAUGGAAAGCCACCUUCAAUAAGUACUACGCCUGCUCCAAAUAAUGUAGUCAGUCAAGUAUUGGCAAUACAAACAUCGUCGACAAUGUCGCCUUUUUCAGAUCCUGCGAUUAUUUCGUAUUCUCAAGUACCUACUACAUUUCAACAAUCGAAUCCUUUGUCUAGUCCAUAUGGCAUAUCAAGGGCUCCCUCACCGUAUGUUGUAUGUAUCUCAAAUUUAGAUAUCUGGAACAGUGAAGAUUGCGAUAAUGAUAUCUAUAAUCUUCAACAGCAACACAUCUUAUCUGGCGUUCAGAUUCCGACGAAGAUCUCCCAAACAGCUUCAACCGGUGAUAGUGAUUCUAAGGGUGAUGAAGAGGAGACAAACGGUUACGGAGAAAAUUCGAAGCAUACGGUUAACGGGAAUCAUAUUCAUGGCGAUUCUAGUGGUAUCGAAUCUGAUGCUGCGGUAUAUAAUUAUAAGAAGCAUUCAAGAAGGAAAAAGAACCCAAAUUCAAACGGACAAUAUCAAGAUUCCAGAGCCCCUCUUUCUCCUGCAAGGAGAUCUCGACGAGGACGUCGUCAAACACAUGAAUGGGCAGGUGGAGAUGUUAAUGAAUUUAAAUCUGAAGAAUUUGAUUUUCAAGGCAAUUUGGAUCUAUUCGAUAAAGAAAAGGUUUUUGCAGAAAUCAGAGAAUUGGAUUCAACAGCACCAGAGAGUCUUCUUGUUAAUAUAAAUCGUAAUCCCAAUUAUCGUGUUAAUCACCGUAAUGGAAAUCAAUCGAGUCAACAUUCUCAAUCUAAAUUGGCAUCUCAUGAGAAUGUACUUGAAGUUUCAACUCGUAAAUCCAAGUUUUACCAUACUGAUGAAGAAGAUGAAAUGGGUAACGAUGGAGAAGUUGACUCGGAUAGUUCAUGGAAAAAGAAGAAAAAUGCGAAUGGAGCUGGAGACCAUAAAAAGGUUAAAAUAAGAACGUUAACUGGUAGUUUACAAAUGAUAUUAAAAACAAUUUUCAACAAUAAAGCAUUGGAAACUGGUCCAAAUGAUGAUCAAAUGAUCGAAAAUGGCGGCAGAGGUGCUUCUAUGAUGUGCCUACAAGCACUUGGCGGUUCGCGACGUAUACAGCCAAACAAUCAUAAUGCAGCUCCACAAGUUGUGAUACUUGCUGGAAAUAAUAAAACUGGUGCUUAUGGACUUGCUACUGCGCGACAUCUUGCAAAUCAUGGAUGUUAUGUUAUUGUGUGCGUUGUUGGUAAAGAAAGGGAAUUACAUAAGAAUGUUACGUUUCAACAAAAAAUUUUACUUCCAACUGGCGGUAAAAUUAUAAAAACUGUUAAAGAACUUCCACAACAAUUUACCAACCCCGUUGAUCUCAUUGUUGAUGCCUUACUUGGAUAUCAAUUUACUCUACGAGAUAUUGUGGAUGAAAAUGAUAAACAUUUAAUAUGCGAUUUAAUGGAUUGGGCUAAUAAUAAUAAAGCACCUGUGUUAAGUUUAGAUAUGCCUAGUGGUGUGAAUGGAAGUUCAGGUAACCCUGUUAAUUCUGCGCAUUAUAUCCAUCCAAAAUGGACUCUCUGCCUUGGAGCUCCCAAAAGUGGUUGUAAAUCACGCUCAGUUACUGGUGAGCUGUUCUUAGCCGACAUAGGCAUUCCAAGGGCUUGUUGGAAAAGGAUCGGCGUAAAGGAAUGGGGAAUGCCCUGGGGUAGUGAAUAUUUAAUUGGAUUGGAGUACUAUGUAAUGAAACACGCCAAAGAAACGUGA